AGCAGAGUUAAAAUUCACCACCGUAGUACUGAAAGUGCUCUUUCACUCAAGAGAUUGAUGCAAGCAUGAUUUUUCCAUUUGUUUCUCACCUAAUACUCGCUGGACUCAUGGGAAUUCACAGUCAAAUUGUGACAGUGAGUGAAGUGUCAGUCAAGGCCGGAGGCUCCAUCUCCAUCCCAUGUCUCUAUGAGCUGACAUACAAAAACAAUGUGAAAUACUUGUGUAAAGGACAGUUUUUUUUGUCCUGCUCUGUUAUUACAAACGAAAGGUUUUCAAUCUCUGAUGACACAAACAAAGGAAUCUUUACUGUGACUAUCAAUGAUCUGAGGGAUGAGGACACUUCGAGUUAUUACUGUGCUGUGAAGAUUAUUAAAAAGUUUGAUGUCAAAGAACGUUUUCAGCUGUCAGUCACCACCUCAGGUAUGCCAAGUCUAUAUGUGGACCAACAGGAAAUCAGCACAUUUGAUAGAGGAAGUGUGACUGUCAGGUGCCACUCUGAAUAUGCAGAAGGAGCACAGUGGUGCAGGCUGAGCAUACUGGGCAGGCCCUGUGCAACAGGCCCAACUGGAUCAAUUGAUGGAACAGCAGUGACCAUCAACUCAAGUGUCCCAAAUGUUUUCACUGUGACUAUGAGUAAACUGAGGAUAGAGAGCAGCGGCUGGUAUUUAUGUGUCAAUGGACAAUCUGAGAUGCCAGUGCAUGUAACUGUUCAUGAGUUACCCUCAACUACUUCAACUACAAUCAGCCCCACAACAGCAAGACCAUCUCCAACCACUACCCAGUAUUCCUCUCUGCGUACAAGUGCAGCACCACAUCCAGCUCAUCCCACAAACUCCUCCAUAAACGGGACAGGCGGAGAGAGCCUGCAAGAACACAAGAGUUCUACUAAGGUUACGAUUCUCACCACCACCCUCGUCUUACUGCUGUUGGUUGUUCCCGCUGCCUUUUUUGGAUGGAGGAUGAUGAUGAAGAGACGUAAUAAGAACAAGCCUGAGGGGUCUGCCAUCACUGCGGGCUCACAAAUUGGGAGUGAUCCUGAUGUGCACUACACCACCAUUGUUCAUACUCAACAUGCAGCAGCCCAGCAGCAGCAGAAAGAUAUUCCUGAAGAGAGUGUGACAUACAGUACCAUUGUACUAAAGGAUAGCGUGCGACAAAUGAUUGAACCAGUAGAUGGAAGUGUGAUCUACAGCACACUUCACACUAAAACGGAAUAAGUGCCAAUUAUCAGAAAAGAUGGGAGGACAUUAAUCCUGCAAGAAUGGCAACGCUGAUGAAGUAAUUCUGAUGUGCACUUCAGAAUUACAGAAUCUCGCCUUGAUAAAUCAAUCAACCCACCCACAUUGAGUAAGAGCAGAAGUUUGAAUGUUGACCAAAAGCAGAUCUGACGCCAGUUAAAUUGACCAAAUUAAGGAAGUGACAUUGUGAGUGAAAUGGUUUAACUCACUCCAUUAUCUCCUGGUGCAGCUUCUCCAACCAUGAGUUGACAUAUUGACAUUGAACAGUAUCGUGAUCCAGAGAGAACCGUAAAGACACACUUCACCCCAAAAUAAAAAAUAAAAAAACACACUUUCCUCUUACCUGUCGUGCUAAUUAUGAAUCUUGAUUGUUUUGGUGUGUGUUGCUAAGUGUUGGUGAUAUCCGCCAUAAAAAUGUCUGCCUUUUCUCGAGUAUAAUGGAACUAGGUGGCACUUUGCUUGUGGUGCUCAAAUUGCCAAAAAAACACAUUGGAAAAACUCAGCAGCAAUGACUCUUUCCACAAAUAAUGAAAUGGGGUGAACUGUCCCUUUUAUUCAUUUUCAUCCCCAAUCCUCCUCCACACACUGGUUUCAAUGAGAUCCUCACAUACUUCAAUAUCUGAUUAUCUCAUUUUAUCAAUAAUCUCCAGUACAUCUAGGGUUCGAUUCAGUGGGAUAACUUCGGGGUGUGGUGUAAUAUUGGGCAUAAUUAAGAAACGGCUGACUCAAAGGAAUGAAAAUAAACAAUGUGAUAAGUCUUACUCUUCAUUAUUGUGCAAAUAAAAACUGAAAAUUAAAAAAUAUAAAUUAGCACUAUUAUUUUUAACUCAAGUAUUUUAUUGUUUGUUUUUACUUGUUAUUUUUUUUCAUGAACAGAAACCACUUGAAUCCAAAUUAGCGUAGCUGCCUUAAUAAAAGGAAGAGGAAGAGAUAUACAGCUGCAAUUGCAUGUUUAAGAAAAUCAGGAAGUAGAAAAUUACUCAGUGCAUCAGCCCAUGAUGUUUUUUGUCUGACCCUGCUCACUCACCGACAUGGAUGUUCCUCUCAGAGUUCUUCUCAUCGUCACCGGACUUACAGGUCAGUCACAAGGGUAACUGUAUUUGUAUGUUAAGUCAUGUUUGACCUGUUUAUGUCAGAUUAUGAUGGAAUGAGUAAUUAAAUACACUCUGUCAUUCUUCAGAUGUCACACAGAAGAGUAAUACAAAGAUGUGUCUCUGAAUUAAACGUUAUUUGGAGACAACUGGGUAUAAGACACAUUUAUUUUGCUAUAUAUGCAGUAAAAGGCUGUAUCUGUUCUU